UUUUUUGUGUGCCUUUUUAGAUGAAGUGUUUUUUACUCCCUACAACAUCUUGGAUUCAUUAUGAAUAUUAAGUACAUUACACUACAUCAGCGCUGACAAGUUUUGUGGUGCCAGAUAUUUCACUGUCAGACAUAGAGGUGCGCGCCAUUCAUAACGCCAACAGCUGGCAGAAAAAUAAGGUCAAUAUCACAGUGUAUAUUUCUUGUAAUCAGUAUUACCUUGGCAACAUAGUGGUACAAACUCGGUGUUAAAGUUUCCAUAUGGCACAGUACACUCAGGUCCCCGUAUAGCUGUAUGUUAAUGGUCCACACAUGGGCUGGUGGUUCAACGGAGUAGAAAAAAAAGGGGGGGGGGUUCAUAACAUAAGCCAGUGUCUCUUUAAAAAAAAUUGAAGUUUCUUGUUGUAUUCUGGAAUGAGGUCAGACACGAGGCUCCUCAUUGCACGCGCUGAUUAUUAUUAGAUUCCAUUUUUGGCCAAUCGGGGCAGAAGGGGGCGUGGCUUUGGCGCCGAGGCAGGCUAGCGACAGCGUCCCAUUGGUGGAUUUUUAUCGCCGUUGUAUCUCGGGAAGGGAUAAAUGCAGGCAAGGGGGGGCCGGGUCUAGAGGGCUGCUUGAAACUCAACUGCAGGUCUGCAGAUGGAAAGCGGACAGUGUAACUCGCUCUAGGUUUCUUUUUUUUUUUUCUUCUUCGUCUUCUUCUUCUUGUCCACCUCCUCCUCCGCAGCAUGCAUGGCUUUUGUUUCUAGCAGAGGGGACAGAGUUGAUGCAGAGACAAGCACUUACUCUACACACUGUACUCGGGAGCCGUCUCCAAGUGCCGGAGCGCGCAGUGUGGCACAGAGUCCGCGCGCUGCCCGCUGCCGCACAGACGGUGUUCAGUCCCCACACGGCUGAAUUGAUUUUAUAACACAGACGGAAGAGACUGAUAACAGGGUCACACACAGAGAGGAGAGGGGGCUACACUCCCCGCGUUGUCUCAACACCUACAGACCCCUGGAAAUUAAACUUUUUUUCCCGUGGCCUUUCAAGGGCUACUCUGGACCGAGCUGUUGCCGAGUUUACCUCAGGAGAGAAUUAUUUCUUGAGCUUUUUCUGUCCUUUUUUUUUUUCCUCCACUCAGCUCCAACUGUGAAGAGAGUUCGGGGUGGGGGGGUGGAGGCGGGGAGGAGACCAGAAAUAGCUGAGUUUGCUUUAAAGUGAGCCGGAGGACCGCGGGGAGAGGGAGAGAAGGAACGAGGACACCGCUCUCCCUCGGUCUAAGCGGGGCAGCAUGGUGCAGAAGAUGAGCCACGCGGAGAGCACCGCCGAGGCGCUCUCCUUCUUCGCCGGCGACUCGAGCUCCGACUCCGGGGCGUGCAUGGACCUGGACCCGGCCGCGUCGCCGCUCUCGCCGGGCUCCGCCGCCUCCUCGACCGCCGGGGAGAACCCGGCGUGGUGCAAGACCCCGAGCGGCCACAUCAAGAGGCCCAUGAACGCGUUCAUGGUGUGGUCGCAGAUCGAGCGGAGGAAGAUCAUGGAGCAGUCGCCGGACAUGCACAACGCCGAGAUCUCCAAGCGGCUGGGGAAGCGGUGGAAGCUGCUCCGGGACAGCGACAAGAUCCCGUUCAUCCGGGAGGCGGAGCGGCUCCGGCUGAAGCACAUGGCGGACUACCCCGACUACAAGUACCGGCCGAGGAAGAAGGUGAAGUCGAGCGCGUCGAAGCCCGGCGGGGACAAGGGGGAGAGGGUCAGCAGCAGCUCCAGCACCAGCAGCAAGUCCUCCUCAUCUUCGAGGAAGAACGGACCCUCGUCCAAGUCCUCCAGCAGCAGCAGCAGCAGCAAACCCCACAAAUCCCCUUUCGGGAGCAGCAGCAGCACCAAAGCGUCCCCGUUCGCCCCCGAGCUGCACCCGGCAGAGCACCACCAGCACCACCACCACACGUCCCUGUACAAGUCCAAAUCCGCCGCCGCCUCCUCCUCCUCCUCCUCCUCCUCCUCCUCCUCGGCGGCCAAGCAGAUACCGGACGGCAAGAAGCCCCGGCGGGUCUACGUGUUCGGCAACGGCGCGGCCGGCAUGAGCGUCAGCCCCGCGUCCUCCGUCGCGGUGCCGGCCAGCCCGACGCUCAGCAGCUCGGCGGAGUCGAGCGACCCGCUCAGCCUGUACGAGGACGCGGCCAGCGGCCGGGAGGAGGGAGCGGAGUCCCCCGGCGGCGGCAGCAGCAGCAGCAGCCUGGGCGGCGGCGGCGGCAGCCUGGGCGGCUCCUCGGAGCGCCACGGCGGGCACACGUACAGCAGUCGGCGGGCGUCCUCGCCGACCCCCUCCGGGUCCCACUCCUGCGCCUCGUCCCGCUCCUCGAACUCCUCGUCCUCGUCCUCCUCCUCCUCCUCGGAGGACGAGGAGUUCGAGGACGACCUGCUCGACAUCAACCCGAGCCCCAGCUUCGACGGCAUGUCGCUGGGCAGCUUCGGCUCGUCGACGCUGGACAGGGACUUGGAUUUGAACUUUGAGUCCGGCUCCGGCGGCUCGCACUUCGAGUUCCCCGACUACUGCACGCCCGAGGUCAGCGAGAUGAUCUCCGGGGACUGGCUGGAGUCCACCAUCUCCAACCUGGUGUUCACGUACUGAGUGGCCGCGGCCAAGAACAGACACGCGGCAAGAAAAAAAAAGAGAAAAAGAAAAAACGGCAACACAGCGAAAAGAAAAAGAACACGACCGCCAAACAGAAUCGAGGGGGGUUCAGGUACAGUGGGUGAACUAGUUCGUGUUCUAACGCCACGCUAGAAAAGACCCACUGAAACUACCCCCCCACCCCCAACCCGGCCCCCUCUCAGUCCCACCACAGAGGCGAAGUGCUGCAAGUCCCUGGAAAGUUAAAACUUUGAAAAAAGCGAACAACGUGCUUUUUUGUUGUUGUUGUUUGUUGGGUGAAAGCUACUUUCCCCCCCCCCCCCCCCCCUCUGGAUGCUUCGUGGACCGUGGGACAAACCGCGAACGUGGAGGGAGUUGCAAAAACAUGGGGAGACGCGAGUGGUGGUGGUGGUGGUGUGUGUGGGGGGGCAGGAGGGUUUCCUGGUUGUGAAACGCUUCAAGUCCUGAACUUUCUUUAACAAAUGUUGUUUUUUUUUUUGGUUCUUUUGAACUGAACUCAACUGUGAUUGAUUUGCACGUUAACGCGGUCCUCCCGCCGCUCAGUUCAUCAAUAUUGUUGCCGAGCUAGAAAAAAAGAAAAGAAAAAGGGACAUUUCAAAACUUUUUGAACCAAUCGCCAAGUGAACGUCGCCACUAAGAACGGUACAGAAAUAGGACUGACUGCCGUGCGAUACUUUUUUUUUAAUUAUUAUUGUGGUGUGUCAACGAAAGGACCCCCCCCCCUCCUCCUCCUCCAAUGAAACCGAGGUGGGUCGAUGUUUUUUUGUUUUUGUUUUUUUUUACAAGUCGGAUAUUUUCUCAAAAGCAAAAAAACUUGUAAAGCAUGAAUCGCCUAACUUUGUUCCUAUCUUGUGCUGAGAUUUUCUGUCGGACUGUCGAGCAGUUUAAAAAUAGUAUUAGGAUUAUUUAAAUGGAUAGGUGGCGCUCGCUUCGGUUCUUCUCUCUCUCUUUCGUUAAGAAAAUAAUCACCAGCUGUUGUAAUGUUCCAAACUUUCAGGAUUCAAACGCAACUUCAAAUCUGUGCUGAACUUUAUACUCGCGUCUCUCUACGAUUCAGGACCAAAAUUCUUUAGUGUCGAUUUCCGAUGAUACUUCUAGAGAAAUCCUCACCGAUUUUCUUCUUUUUUUCAUCCUCUGAACUUUGUUUUGUACAUAUAUUCAGAUGCCAUUUUAUAUGGGAUGUUGUAUUUAUAUACUGGGCCAAGCGUUUUUGACUUGAUCAUUCUUUUUUUAUUUCUUGUACACAUGAUCGAAUCUGUUUGUUUUUCUCCUUACACGGUUGUUUUGUAUGUCUGUCUGUCACAUUUCCUUCUCAGGCGAAGGGCUAGAGUUUUAAAAACACACAACUUUUUGAUUUGUUUUUUAUAUUUAAAUGUACACACUUUUUGGACACUUAAAAGAGAGGAAAACAGUUUGAUUAUUUUCUCAGUGUAUUUUUGUACAAAUCUAUAUAGAAAAUGGGGGAGUCAACAAUCCAGUGUGUGUAGCCUAAUACAGCUGUAUUGGAUUUCCUCAUUUUUAAUACCCCGGCAGGCUGGUUUUCAUGCUGCCUUCAAGUUCUCGUGGCACACAAUCUCAUGGUUCUCAUAUACGUAUGACUUUUUGUUGCCUGUUCAACUGCUUUUGUAAGGACAGCCAGCAAAACACACCUUAAAUCACUAUGUUGCCUAUUGUUUAAUUUAAAAAAAAAAAAAAAAGUAAAUGCACCAACCUUCUUUUUACUUAAGUGACCGAGCAAAGGAGACAACGCAAAUCAGGUAUGGAAUUGGUGUUUUGACUCACUAAUUUGGCAAAAGUUCCAUUGACUUUAACCAGCGAGUGCUGACGAGACAUCUUUGAUGCACAAUCCGUGAACAUUCUGUGUCAUCAGUACGGGCAUGAGAUACUCAACGACCCAGUUACGAGAAUGCAAUUGCGACAUUUCCGACAGCACUUGAAGGCAGCACCAGUCUUUGUAUCAGCCUACCUUCUACGUUUACAGUGCUAGUCUGCAGGCUCCUUAAAGACACAGGAACACAUUAUUUCUAGAGGCUAUUCCCGUGGACCCUGUGGGUUUAACAGUGUCACUAUCUCGAGCAGCCACUUGGUUUCUUUCUUUUCUUUUCAUUUCCUGUCAGAUAUCUUGCCUACGACAACAAACGAGGAGAUUGUAGCUUUAAAUUUGACUUAUUUCUUGAUGUUUUCAUUGAUUGAUGUCAGAUUUGCCAAUCAACCACUGGAUUGAACAGGCUAUCAAUAUAGCAAGCAAACAAGGAUGAUGACAUCAAGCAUAUUCAAAUUUCUGACUUGAGUUCCGCAAACACCUACUUGUACUGCGUUUCUCAUUGUAUUUGAAUAUAUAAUCUUUUCUACUUGUCGGCUAACCUUAGCUAAUAAUUGUUUUAGUAUCUUUAUGGCAUGGUGAAUAGCAUUUGUAUUUCAGAUUCAGGUUAUUAGCUGUUGUGUUUUUCAGAAAAAAAAGGAAAAAAAAGAGGAAAAAACGACGAAACGUGAACUCGAUCUUUGUAUAUUUGACUGUAUCAUAAAGCAAAAAGAUUGUGUGUUUAUGUAUGUUGUUGCUAUCGAGGACAGGCACUGUCUAGAACUGCUAUCUUUUACACAUCCUUACUUACAUUUAAGGUGGUCAGUUCAGGACUCUUUUUUUUUAUAAAUAUAUAAAAGCAUUUUUAAAUAUAUUAACUUUAUUUUUCAUCCAUCCUGUGCAAUAUGCUGUGUAGAAUUAUCAUUUAUUGUCUCUAAUCAUGCCAUAAACAAAGGACCCACCCCUUUUUUUGAGACUCAGAGAAAGGGGAGGGGCGACUCAUGCCAGCUAAAAUUGUGUCCAUUCACUGCCUGUCAGAUUGUUGAUAUAAACUUGUGUACAGAACUUUUUCAAGGAAGGAUAAUAAAUAUCAGCUGGAACUGAAA